AUGAAAGAUCCAUCGAGCCUGACGCAGCCUAUGGCUCGGUAUAAGGCUCGCAAGCAGCAGGAGCGUCGGGAUCCGCUCGAGAACUACGAAAUCUUGGGGUACAUUGCCGCCGGAACGUACGGAAGGGUGUUCAAGGCCAAAUCCAAACCGACGGGCCGACUAUGCGCCAUUAAGAAGUUCAAGCUGGACAAGGAGGGCGCUGCGUCGUAUUAUACGGGUAUUUCGCAGUCUGCGGUCCGGGAGAUCUCUCUCUGUCGGGAAUUGAGGCACGAAAACGUUGUGGCUCUCAUACAAGUUAUUCUUGAAGACAAGUCGACGUACAUGGUGUUUGACUAUGCUGAGCAUGAUCUGCUACAGAUUCUGCACCACCACUGUCAUCCAGAUACUCCACCGUUGGCGCAUUUCACUGCGAAAAGCAUUGUUUAUCAGAUCUUGAACGGCCUAGACUAUCUACAUCGAAACUGGGUUCUGCACAGAGACCUCAAGCCAGCCAAUAUUAUGAUCACAGCCAAUGGCGUCGUUAAAAUUGGAGAUCUUGGCCUGGCCAGGCUGUUUAGUGACCCGUUGCAGUCCUUGUUCUCCGGCGAUAAGGUCGUAGUCACUAUUUGGUACCGGGCACCAGAGCUGCUUCUUGGCGGACGCCAUUACACGCCUGCAAUUGAUUUGUGGGCAGUGGGGUGUAUAUUUGCAGAGAUUCUAGCUUUGCGACCAAUCUUCAAAGGCGAAGAGGCAAAGAUGGACUCCAAAAAGGUCAUCCCGUUCCAAAAGGACCAGGUACAGAAAGUCGUCGAGGUUCUAGGCACCCCCACGCCCGCCCAAUGGCCCAAUAUCACAGUAUAUCCGGAUUAUCCUAAUCUACAAGUUAUGAAUGUUCAUUCCAACCGGUUGGAGAAGUGGUACAGAGCCAUUGGCCAGACGAGCAUUGCCGGCCUGAAUCUGCUUCGAGCGCUUUUUGACUACAAUCCCAUAACCCGGGUUUCUGCGGCCGAGGCUAUGACCCACCCGUUUUUCAGUGAGGAGCCUCGGGCGCUGUCCCGGGUGUUUGGCGAGGGCAAGUCGCCGUAUCCUGCGCGGAGAAUCACCAGCGACACAAACGUCAAAGCGAACGGAGCGCCCAAGCGGCCGCAUCAGAGCACAACGGUAUCUUCUCGAAAAAAAUCCAAAGUAUGA